AUGGUAUAUACAAGGGUUGGUGUUUGGAUACCUCAGUGCCCCCCAAAGAACUGGGAGACUAGGUCGUGGUCUGGAGAUGGUAGACGGCCAUCAGGAGCACUCCAUGCAACUGGGUUCGGCUCACUCGAUCGAGCUUGUGGCUCCUCUUCCUCCUCUUCUUCAUCUUCAAAGUGGGUGUGGCUUCCUUGGCCUUGGUGGAGCUUGGCUAGCUCGAACUGUAUAGGGGUUCCAUCUACUGGGGAAGUCCUGGUAAGGCUGGGAUCGUAUUCGAAUCCCGGAUCUCAAACUGGGGCUCCUCCAGGUCAACUCGACCCUCAGCUCGAUCGAGUUGAGUUUCCUCUGUUUGGACUCGAUCGAGUCCGGUGGUCGAGCUGGAGCGUCUGGCCUUGGAACUCUUCCUCCUUCUCUGCGUGUUGUCUUCUCCUUCCCUUGGCUCGAAAGAAGAGGCUCUGUGAGGCUCUUGGGCAGGAGCCUCCUUUGGGUGGUGAGGAGUGA